AAAAUCAACGGAACAAAAAUCAAAUUCCCUCCAACACUAUUUUGCACCAUCCCACUCUUCCUCUGCAAGUUUAUAUGACAAAACACAAAACAAAACCUUCCUUUUUGUUCGCUCUUCUCAUUUCACCUCAAUCUCCCAUUACUAGUCCUCCCGUCCAUUUGGUAUUUACUACCACACCCUCUUCUAUUAUCGGGAAUUAAAUCUCCUUGCUGAAAUUCGAUUCACCGAUGGAAACCAAUUCUUCAUCCAGUGUUUUUCUCGGUGUCCGUUUCGUUCUCUUCGGAUUCAAUCCAGCCACCGAAAACAAGGUUAGAUGCAAGCUUGUUUAUGGCGGUGGAGUCGAUGCUGGUCAGUAUAGCCCAAGUUGUACUCAUGUAAUCGUGGAUAAGCUUGUUUAUGACGAUCCUGUAUGUAUUGCUGCUCGAAACGACGCCAAGACUCUUGUCACGGCCUUAUGGGUUGAUCAUAGUUUUGAUGUUGGAAUGCCUGUUGAUGCCACUUCGAUUAUGUACAGGCCACUCAAAGAUAUGAAUGGAAUACGAGGUGCAAAAAGUUUAGUAAUAUGCUUAACCGGUUAUCAGCGGCAAGAUCGAGAGGACAUUAUGGCAAUGGUUGGCUUGAUGGGUGCUGAAUUCUCUAAGCCGUUGGUGGCAAACAAGGUUACUCAUCUGAUUUGCUACAAAUUUGAGGGGGAGAAGUAUGAACUGGCCAAAAGGAUAAAUACAAUAAAGCUUGUCAAUCACCGAUGGCUGGAAGAUUGCUUAAGGGAUUGGGAGCUUCUUCCUGAAGAAAACUAUAACAAAAGUGGAUAUGAGUUGGAGAUGAUGGAAGCAGAAGCUAAGGAUUCUGAAGAAGAGGCUGAAGACACAACCCCGAUGCGCUCUGUGGGGAGAAACAUAAAUAAGAGCCCUCAUAAUUCAAAGAUUGGGCUACCAACAACAAGUAAAUUUCCCAAAACAGUAGGUGAAGGUUCACCUUCAAAUGGUCCUUUAAACAAGUUACUAAUCCCUGGAGAAGAAAAGUCAUCUGUUCAGGCCUCAGGUUUUGGUAAUGUUGAUGUUUCUAAAGCACUCGACCAUCACACUACUGGUUCUGGUGAGCUACCUUACCCUCUUGACCAAAAUCCAUAUCCUACAGGAGUAGGAAAUAGCUUGACAUCUACCUCUGGAAAUGCCCAGAGGACUGUUCAUUCUGGUGCCAAAGUUAGUCCUUUCAGUUACUCACUGAAAAUGUAUAGGACAUCCUCACUUCCUAUGGACUCUCAAGAAAUAUCAGGCAAUUUCAGCAACCGUUCUAAAACUCCUUUGGGUAAAGUCCAUGAUGAUUUUGACACCUCUCCCUUCAAGGUUGAACAAGUGAAGGACAGAUUUGGCUCUGGUUGCCUUCAAAAUUAUCGGGAAGGAACUGAGUUAGUACACAGAGAAGACUCGAGUGGUUUGUUGCCUCAGAAGAGAAUGGCAAAUGCUGCUUAUGCUAGCCUUAAGUCACCAAAGUUGAGUAUUGAUGCAGCACCCUGCCUGGAUCCUGUGUCAGGUGAUAAAACCCUGGGGGUGGAACCAAUAACUUUGAUUGAUGGCCCUGGUAGUCUUCCUGUGGAUGAGACUGCUAAUCUAAAUGCUGCACAGCAAUCAGAUGGUAAUAAAUCAGCAACUAAAACAUGUAGCAAGAAUUCAUUAACAUGUGAUGUGUCUUCCUCGAAAACUGUGAGUGGAAAGACUGGGCAAGAUAACAAUGCUGCUGAGAAGACACCUCAAUCAUCUUUUCAGAGAUUAAAUAAGUCUGCCUUAUCAACUAAGCCUGACAUUUUAGGUUUAGGUAUGGGGAGAUCUGCACAAGAAGUUACAGAAAAAGGGGAGCAAGAGAAUCAGCAGCAAGAUGCGGAGUCAUCUCCCAGUAAAAAUAAGUUGGAGACUGAGAAAUCUGGUGGGCCUGGCAAUUUGAACUUGCCUGAAGGAGGAAAUGAUAACUUGAUCACAAAACCUCCUAGGAAGAAGAUGUUGGCCAAGAAGACUUUGGUUUCAAGACCCAAGUCAACUACUGUUAAUAUCCAAAAGGGUCCUUUAUACUUAAAUAAAACUAUCUCCCAAAAUGAUGAUGUAAUUCAUUCAUUUGAAGUGAAAGAGGCAGCGGAUCAUGAGAAGUCUUCCGGUUCUAUGAAACUUGAGAUAUGUCCUCCAACUGUUAAUCUUGAAGCACCAAAGGAGAUGCAGACAACAAAUGUGAUAGCUGGUGACAAUAUGGAGAAUAAAAAUGAAUCAAUGGAUGCUGAAACUGAGGCUCCAGAAGACAAACUUGAAGAUGAAUUGGAGAAACCACUUGAUGAAAAGAAGUCUGGAGUGGUUAUAUUGACAGAUACAACAGAUACAAUCAUGGGAGAGAAUUGGGAAAGGGUGCAGCAUAUUGCAAACACAAGAAUGUAUGGUAAUGCAAUGGCUUCAGUGGAAGACACCAAUGAAACUAAACCAGAAAAGACUCUUUGUGACGAGAAUUCUAAGCUUGUUGAAGCGAGCUUACGCGGGGAUGGUGUCAAAGGGAAGAUGAAUAAAGGGCGAAGAUGCCCAACAGGUGAAGCCAAAAAGAAGAGAGAUAUAUUGAAAUCUAAGAAAGGUGUGGGUCGUGAAAAAAGUGGGGCUGAGAACAAUGAGGGGACAGGGGUGGAAAAGAAGAAAAGAGUGCUGUUUCCUUCUGGUAAACCUAGUAGAUGCCCUAGUGCAACAAAUAAGUCAGAGAACAGUACUGAAGUGGAGAAAGAGAACAGGCCAGUUCAGAUCAAAGAGGACGAUGGGAAAAUAUCUAUUAAUUCUAAAAUAAUGCCAAGGAAGAUCAAUCAAAAGGCAGGGAAAGUUAAUCCAAAUUCUCUAACGACUUCAGCGGGAGGGUUUCCAAACAGUGAGAAAACAGAACCUGCGUGGUUCAUAUUUAGUGCACAUCGACUACAAAGAAAGGAGUUUCAACAAGUUAUUAGGCGUUUGAAAGGAAGGCUUUGUCGAGAUUCUCAUCAAUGGUCAUACCAGGCCACACACUUUAUAUCCACAGAUCCAAUUCGAAGGACAGAGAAGUUCUUUGCUGCUGCUGCAUCUGGGAGGUGGAUUCUCAAGACUGAUUAUCUAAGUGCCUGUGGUCAGGCAGGAAGAUUCUUGGCAGAGGAGCCUUAUGAAUGGCACAACAAUGGCUUGAGUGAAGAUGGUGCAAUAAAUUUGGAGGCUCCAAGAAAGUGGCGACUCUUGAGGAAGAGAACCGGCCAUGGUGCAUUUUAUGGAAUGCGCAUCAUCAUUUAUGGAGAAUGCAUUGCACCACCUUUGGAUACCCUGAAGCGUGUUGUGAAAGCUGGUGAUGGGACUAUAUUGGCAACUUCUCCUCCUUAUACCCGCUUUCUUAACUCCGGAGUUGAUUUUGCCAUUAUCAGCCCUGGCAUGCCACGUGUUGAUUUGUGGGUCCAGGAGUUCUUAAAAAAUGAGAUACCUUGUAUUCUAGCUGAUUAUUUGGUCGAGUAUGUUUGCAAACCUGGGUAUUCUCUUGAGAAGCAUGUGCUAUACAAUACUAAUGUUUGGGCGGAGAGGUCAUUUGCUCACCUGCAGGCCAGGGCAGAAGAGAUUGUCGAGGACCUGAUGACACCACCAGAUGAUAAUAGUAAUGACAUAGCCUGCCAAGUGUGUGGGUCUCGCGAUAGAGCGGAGGUGAUGCUGAUGUGCGGUGAUGAAAGUGGUUCUGUUGGUUGUGGGACUGGUACCCAUAUUGACUGCUGUGAUCCUCCACUUGAAGAUGUUCCUGAGGACGAUUGGUUUUGUCAUAAGUGUAGUGAAAGCAGGCGUAGCACAAACUCAGGCCAGAAACAGAAAAAGGGAACCUCAUUAUUGGAAAGCAAAUGAAUUUUACUCUCUCGUUUGCAACCCUUUUAGUUUUAGAAAGGUGUCAAAUAAUUUGUGCCUUUAGUUGUGGCAAGAGCAGUAUAAUUCAUUAUAAAUGUUUGUAAUAUACUUUGUACAAAUUAGUUACUAAAAUUGUAUCAUGGUGACUUAGAAAAUGAGGCGCCAAUCUGACUAGGCAGCUGUAUGCAAGUGUUCUUCGAAAAUUAAUUUGUGGGGUCUA